CCUAUGUUUCCACCCAACGCCUCCCCUCCCCUGGUUCGACGCCUUCCCUUCGUCCUCGUCGCUCGCCCGUGCCUCCUCUGCCCUGCCAUCCCAGACUCCGCCGCCGCGUAGCAACUCCCCCUUCCUCACAGCAUCCAUCGGUCACCUGCGCUGCGCAGGAACCAACAAAGGAAUGACCUCUCUCCGCCACCUCGUCGUAGGCCCCACCUGCCACCAUCCCCAUGGCGUCACGGCAGCCACUGCCUCCCUCCAGCUCCGUCGCCUGCCCUCCUGCACCCGCCCCCUCCGCUCCCGCCUCUUCACCCGGGUUUACGCGCUCUCCAGCAAUGACAUCAGGGUUGGCACCAACGUUGAGGUCGACGGCGCGCCAUGGAAAGUUCUAGAGUUUCUCCACGUCAAGCCUGGAAAAGGUGCUGCUUUUGUCAGGACAAAAAUGCGCAAUUAUGUCACAGGCAAUACAGUUGAGAAAACGUUUCGAGCUGGAAGUACGCUACAGGAACCAUCCCUUUCAAAGGAAACCAAGCAAUUUACAUACAAGGAUGGCUCCCAGUUCGUGUUCAUGGAUCUGACAACAUUUGAAGAAAGUCGGUUGAACGAAGCAGAUGUCGGUGACAAGCAAAAAUGGCUGAAAGAGGGAAUGGAUUGCAAUUUGUUGUACUGGAAUGGGAAGAUCAUUGAUUUCGAGCUGCCCAUCACCGUGAGACUGACUGUGACUGAUACUGACCCCGGGGCAAGCGAUAGUGCACAAGGAGGAACAAAGCCUGCAACCCUAGAAACUGGAGCUGUUGUCACGGUGCCCUCUUUUGUGAACGUAGGCGAUGACAUCCUAGUUGAUUCAAGAACCGGACAGUAUAUGAACAGAGCAUAGAGGAUUAAAGAGGAUUUUGGAUUUGAAGAGCACUAGUUUUUUGUUCGGUCAUUUGUCCCGUUGGGGAUCGUGCUACGAGACAUUAUGUUCAAAACUUUCAGCUCAUAAUUCACAUCGCAAACUCCUCUGAUUCUAACUGAUUAACUGUGACCCAA